ACGUGACUGCCGGCGGCCCGCCAAGAUGGCGGCGUCGUGCGUGGCGCUGCUGGCGCUGUGUCUGGUUCUGCCGCUGCUACUGCUGGGCGGAUGGAAGCGCUGGCGGCGGGGGCGCGCGGCCCGGCACGUGGUUGUGGUGGUGCUGGGGGAUGUGGGCCGCAGUCCCCGCAUGCAGUACCACGCGCUGUCCUUGGCCAAGCGCGGCUUCUCCGUGACCUUCCUGGGGUUCUGCAAUUCCAAACCCCAUGAUGAGCUUUUGCAGAGCGACAGAAUUCAGAUUGUGAGGUUGACUGAACUUCAGAGUCUUGCAGUUGGGCCCCGAGUUCUCCAGUAUGGAGUCAAAGUUGUAUUCCAGGCAGUGCACUUGCUGUGGAAGUUGAUGUGGACAGAGCCAGCAGCGUACAUCUUUCUCCAGAACCCCCCAGGCCUGCCCAGCAUCGCUGUCUGCCGGCUUGUGGGUUGCCUUUGUGGGAGCAAACUCGUCAUCGACUGGCACAACUACGGCUACUCCAUUAUGGGGCUGGUGCAUAGCCCCAGCCACCCCCUUGUUCUGCUGGCCAAGUGGUACGAGAAGCUCUUUGGGCGCCUGUCCCACCUGAACUUGUGUGUGACCAAUGCCAUGCGGGAAGACCUGGCAGAAAAUUGGCACAUCAGAGCGGUGACCAUGUACGAUAAGCCAGCGUCUUUCUUUAAAGAGACGCCUCUGGACCUGCAGCAUCAGCUCUUCAUGAAGCUGGGCCGCACCCUCUCUCCAUUUAGGGCCUGCUCAGGACCUGUAGACCCGGCCAUGGAGAGGACGGCCUUCACGGAACGGGAUGCCCAGAGUGGGAUGGUGACACGUCUCCAUGGGCGGCCGGCCCUGCUGGUCAGCAGCACAAGCUGGACAGAGGACGAGGACUUCUCCCUUCUGCUGGCAGCACUGGAAAAGUUUGAGCAACUGACUCUUGAUGGAGACAACCUUCCUUCUCUAGUCUGUGUGAUAACAGGCAAAGGACCUCUGAAGGAGCAUUACAGUCGCCUCCUUGGCCACAAGCAUUUCCAGCACAUCCAGGUCUGCACACCGUGGCUGGAGGCCGAGGACUACCCCUUGCUUCUAGGGUCGGCGGACCUGGGCGUCUGUCUGCACAAGUCCUCCAGUGGCCUGGACCUGCCCAUGAAGGUGGUCGACAUGUUUGGGUGCUGCUUGCCCGUGUGUGCUGUGAACUUCAAGUGCUUACAUGAGCUUGUGAAACAUGAAGAAAACGGCCUGGUCUUUGAGGACUCAGAGGAACUGGCGGCUCAGUUGCAGAUGCUUUUCUCAGACUUUCCUGAUCCUGCUGUCAAAUUAAACCAGUUGCGGAAGAACCUUCGGGAGUCAGAGCAGCUUCGAUGGGACAAGAGCUGGGAGCAGACUGUGCUCCCUUUCCUUAUGGACAUGUGACCCCUCGGACCGGAGUCCAACCCUGGAGCUGGCUGCCCUGCCAUCCUGCCUGGCGGCUCCUCUUCACUGCACAGCCCAGUCCCAGGGCAAAGUCCUGCAAGCAGCACCUCCCAGUGGUCAGAAGCUGGAAGGAUGGCAGCAGGUGCUUCCUGCUGAAGUUAUUUUAAUAACUCAAGAGUUGGUGGCCCAGGAAA